GCCAGUCGCCACCGGCCGCCGUUCAGUCGGUGUUCCGCCGUCCUGUGUGAUCUUGUGGCAGGAGGUAGAGCAGCAGGCGCUCGUGAGGGAAACACCAGAUCAAGAUAUGGAAACAGCAAACGGAGAGCAGUCGGAGAGCAUCCUCUCUACGGAAACCAUCAACGACGCAGCGCAAAGAGGGGCCCAGUCGCCAGUGGACAGUGACGUCUCGAUGCGGAUAUUGACCGGAUCACCUGCGGCCAGUGACGUCUCGAUGCGGACAUUGCCUAGGUCACCGGCAGCCAGUGACGUCACGAUGCGGACCCAAUCAUCUACGGGCGGUGUGGUCGCUGUCCAGAGGCAGGGACUCUUGACUGAGAAGCAGUUUAUAUUUCCACCGGGUCAUAGCGAGAAGCAGGUGAUCAUGGUUUUGGAGUACCUCCGAACCUUGGAGAAGCUCACGGUCUCCGUGCCGCCUGACUCGACGGGACGGUGGCUGCGGCUGCUGCCGCCCUCCUUGCGGACGCUAUACGUUAACGGACCGGGGGAGACGGGGGGGCCGCUGACAUCGCCGGAGGCGAUGUCAUACCAUGGGCUGGAGGUUGUCAUACAACAGGCGGGAGAUGACGUCAUCGACCAGCUAGCCAAGGAGCUGGGACCACAGGUUAACAAGCUGACCAUGUUCAACUGCCCGCGUGUCACUGCUGGGGCCCUGCAGCGACUGAUAUCUGCCCUCACCGGCCUGGAGGACGUCACACUUGACGGCUCUCUGUCCGGCGCCAUCACUGACGCCUCACUGGCCGCCCUCUGCCUCUCUACGGAAACCAUCAACGACGCAGCGCAAAGAGGGGCCCAGUCGCCAGUGGACAGUGACGUCUCGAUGCGGAUAUUGACCGGAUCACCUGCGGCCAGUGACGUCUCGAUGCGGACAUUGCCUAGGUCACCGGCAGCCAGUGACGUCACGAUGCGGACCCAAUCAUCUACGGGCGGUGUGGUCGCUGUCCAGAGGCAGGGACUCUUGACUGAGAAGCAGUUUAUAUUUCCACCGGGUCAUAGCGAGAAGCAGGUGAUCAUGGUUUUGGAGUACCUCCGAACCUUGGAGAAGCUCACGGUCUCCGUGCCGCCUGACUCGACGGGACGGUGGCUGCGGCUGCUGCCGCCCUCCUUGCGGACGCUAUACGUUAACGGACCGGGGGAGACGGGGGGGCCGCUGACAUCGCCGGAGGCGAUGUCAUACCAUGGGCUGGAGGUUGUCAUACAACAGGCGGGAGAUGACGUCAUCGACCAGCUAGCCAAGGAGCUGGGACCACAGGUUAACAAGCUGACCAUGUUCAACUGCCCGCGUGUCACUGCUGGGGCCCUGCAGCGACUGAUAUCUGCCCUCACCGGCCUGGAGGACGUCACACUUGACGGCUCUCUGUCCGGCGCCAUCACUGACGCCUCACUGGCCGCCCUCUGGUGACCUCUGGUGACCUGACCUUUGACCUGACCAAAAAUUUGACCAAAGUGAUUUCGUCAUUAUUUUUGACGCUCUUUCGAACGCGGCCUUCCGCGUAUCGCUACGUGGCCCAGGAGCUGAGUUACAAGGGGGGGGGGGUGUUCAAACACCCCCCCCCCCCAGCAGGGCGUGGAAAUCCAGGACCCCCAGCCGGGCGCGGGUUAUCAAACUGUGCCAAUGGGUGUUAACUUGAGAUUUACUUACCAAAAAUGAAGCAAAUAGAAGUUUACGGCUGGCGUGCUC